AUGAAGUCCGAUGGAGAUGCAAUGAGAAUAGCUAGGUCACUGGUGUCAAGUUCCUGCAAACAUUGCGAGGUAUAUGUUGUCGAUGGAGCCAGAGAAAGUAACGGGAUUGAAAUCACUUCAAGUGAUGCUGAUUAUGUGCCAGAGGAAGGUGAAGACAGUGGUUCUGGGUUGAUAGAGGUUGAAGUGGAUGCUGAGUCAGAGCCUUCUACUGAAGAAGAGGUAUUUGAUGAUAGUGCUGAUGAUGUAGCUGGAAGAGCUGAAGGUGAUGAAGGUUUAAGGGAGGGUGAUGAGCAAGUUGGGGACAUAUUUGAUGGAUAUGAGACUGAUGACAUAGACAGUUAUGAGGGAGACUCUGAUGAUAUGAUAAAAAAGAGGAGGUUUCCUAAAUACAAUGAGGCAGAGAUGAACAGAGAGUAUGAAUUUCAGGUGGGUUUGGAAUUUAAAUCACUUAGUCAAUUCAAAGAGGCUGUUAAGGAGCAUGUCCUAUUGAAUGGUAGGGACAUUAGGCUUCGAAAAAAUGAUAAGGUGAGGUGUAGAGUUGUUUGCAAAGGAAGAAAGGAAAAGUGCAAGUGGGUUUGUUUUGCGAGCAAGGUUGGGGGUUCUGACUGUUUCAGGAUCAAGACUUUGAAUGGAAAGCAUACAUGUGGAAGGAACUAUAGCGGAAGACUUGCAUCAAGUAGUUGGAUCUCAAAGAAGAUUGCCAACAACAUCAGUAGAGGGGAGGAGAUGAAGCUUACGACAGUUAUUCAGACUAUCCAAGACAAAUACAUGGCCAAUAUCAGUGUUGGUAAGGCUUACUGGGCAAGGAGGAAGGCAAGAGAAGAGGUACAUGGGCGGGCAAUCCAACAGUAUGCUGAGCUAAGGGAUUACUGUGCAGAGAUACUUAGGGCAAAUCCAGGAUCUAGUCUGAGCAUAUUGGUUGAUAGGCCUUCUCUUACGCACCAACCCCGAUUUAUGAGAAUGUACAUGUGCGUUGAUACAGUCAAGAAAGGCUUUUUGGCGGGUUGUAGACCUAUUAUUGGCGUGGAUGGUUGUCACUUGAAGGGCGACCAUGGACAGCAGCUGUUACAUGGGUAUAUUAUCUACUGCACUGAAACUAUAAAUCAGGGGCUAAUGCAAGUCUUUCAAGAGGCAUUGCCAACACUGGAGCAUAGGCUUUGUUUGAGGCAUUUAUAUGCCAACUGUAAAAAAGCAUAG